GAUCAAGAGAGGAUAGCUGGCCCAGUGUGAUUUUGUGCUCCUGAAUUAAUCUUUGAGGAUCUGACAAAAUGCAGGCGUUUCUGCAACCCACCCUGUUGUUUCUGACUUCGCUGGCGCACCAGUCGAUGUCAGGCGGGGCGCAGGCACUCCUCUCACCUGCAGCGGGAGCUUUCCAAAACUACCCCUACGCCACCGCAGGUUACGCUGGCGCAGGCUACGCUCCCUUUUACCAACCCCAGCGUGCGUACGCCCCCGCCUUUCCGUCUCGGUUGCCCUUCAGGAGACUGCCGGCCUUCAGGAGGCAACCGGCUGUGCAGCCUGCCUACUUCGACUACAGCAGGGCCGCCAGACAGUUCUACGGACAGGGUGCUUCUUCGUACGCCCCCUUCUUCCAGGGAGGACAGCAGCCGGUGGCCCAGCUGGUGCUGAUCAACCCUGCCCUCAUGCAGUCCCUGGCGCAGAAUCCUCAACAGAGUCCCAUGUUCUUGAUGCUGCAGCCUCAGCAGGCAUUUGCUCAGGUGCAACAGCCUCAGUCACAAGUUGUAUCUAGAGCCGUGCCUCAGUCGCAAAUGACCCAAAUCCUGGCCGCUCAUCAUCACCCUCAGGCGCAGACGAUAGUAAGCCACCCGCAGCACUCGGAGGCAAAUGCAUACUCCGUCAGUGGGUCGUACAGCUACCAAAACCAAGAAUUAGGCAAGCCCGUCAACCACGGAAAGAAGUAACGAGUCGUGUGCCAGCAUACUCAAGUCCCUAAUUAUUCUUCAAUGAGAAUUAAAUCUAAUUUUCAAACAUUUCUAUGAUGUGUAUGAU